AUGGCACCGACAAAACCCAAAAAGAAAUCGGCCAAAGACAAGGCGAGGGACCGAGCCCGAGCCAAGGCAGCCGCGACACAACCCGCAAAUGUCAACACAAGAGAGCUCCUCAACCAAGCAACCGCCUCUCUCGAAGAAGGCGACCCCGAGACCGCAGCAAGGAUAGCGCUGGUGGCUUACGAGCACAUUGGAGAAAGCGGGAGGCAAGCCGGUGCGGCCCUGUCGCUUCUUGGUCAGAUUCAUGUCGAACUGGGCGAGGUUGACACCGCGCGCGCAUUCUUCGCUGCCGCCGUCAAAGUCGACGAGGACGGCUCCCUUCCAGAAGACAUUGGCGGCGGGCCCGAGAAGUUUUUGUGGCUAGCGCAACUCAGCGAUGACGGCGGCCAAGACAGUGUCUCGUGGUUUGAGCGCGGAGCUGCCGCUUUGCGCUCCCAGAUCCAGACGCUCACCGAGUCGCUCGAAUCGCGGCCCUUGACGCGCGAUGCACAGGAAGCGGUCAUAGCGGAGAAGCGGAAACGGCUUGCCGAGACACUCUGCGCCGUGGUGGAAGUCUACAUGACGGAUCUCAGCUGGGAAGAGGACGCCGAACAGAGGUGCGAGACUCUCAUCACCGAGGCGACCAUGCUCGCCCCCGAAUCGGCCGAGACCUGGCAGACCGUCGCCAAUGUUCGCAUCUCACAGACGAGAGUGGAGGAGGCACAAGAGGCUCUGAAGCGGGGGUUGGGAUUGUGGAGCGAUCUUGCGCCCGAGGACCCUGCCGUACCGCCCUUCCCCUCACGAGUCAGCCUUGUCAGACUCUUGAUCGAAGUCGAUAUGGAGAAGGAAGCAACAGAAGUCACCGAGCGUCUGAUAGCCGAAGACGACCGGAGCGUGGAGGUGCUCUACCUUGGGGGGAGGAGUAUGAAGACGAGAGGCUAG